CCUCUGUUAAACCAGACCAAAGCACGACACGAUGACUAGCAACCGGAAUCCAGGAAAUUUCGCCAAUAGGCCUCAGGAGGAGGUUCAGGACAUUGCCUCUGCAGGUGGCCAGGCAAGCCACUCUGGCGGAUUCGCAAGCAUGGAUCCCGACAAGCAGCGCGACAUUGCCUCCAAGGGCGGUCAAGCAUCCUCCGGAUCGUUUGAGAAGGGCAGUGAGAGAGCUAAAGAGGCUGGCGCCAAGGGAGGUUCCAAGUAAAUAAUUAGGCGACGAAUCGCGAUACCUUCAAAACAAAAGGGAAAAAGAUACGUGACCGGUUAUACAGUUAAACUUUGAAACACUUGAGACGGCUAUAACUUAAAAUCAACACCGUAAUCGUUGAACCUAGCAACAGGCUUGGACGUUGUCACCGGUGUUGCAGGUAGAUGGUCGAUUCAUUAUGGUAUAAUCUUGCACUCGCAGUGUCCUGUGAGAAAACUCCG